GCUCCGGGCGCCCGGCCGCGGUGCAGUGUUGGACGGCGCAAGAAUGCAGCAGCUCUGCCUUUGCAACUCCAGCAUGCUGCGGCACUCUUGCGCGCAUGGUCACGAUACACCUCUGGGCCACCAUUUCAUCUACGGCCCAACUCGCCACCUUCUCCCAGCCUACACUCCCAUUCCUGCGCUUGCCCAACUUCCACGCCUGGCCCGGCCCCAGGGAGCUGCUGGGCGGCAAGACGCUGGAGGAGGCGGAGAGCGAGGCGAUGAGCACCCUAGAGCCCGCCAAGCGCAUCGCGGUGGCGGCUGCUUCCAUGACUUCGCCGACAACCUGGUGUCGUUCCUACACGAUGUAGUGGACAGUGCGCCCGAGUCAGACGGCGGGCCGCCCACCGUCACGGCGGAGCACGUGCGGGCCUUUGUGGAGCACAUGGCGAAGAAGCAGCGCACCCGGUGAAGCUGAGGUUCGUGCAUGGGCGCCUGUGGGCGGCUGCCCCCCCCGGCGAGCCCCAGUGCCCAUGUAAUGUUGAUGUGCA